AUAACAAAGUACCCGUAUGUGCAGACGUGUGGAUUCUUAGUUCCUUUCUGCCCUGUCCAGUCAUAUGUGGCCACGGAAAAUUAGUAUUUUUUUUCCGGCUGUUUACAGUACUUUUCGCGAAACGGGUCCAGCAGAGUUUGUGGAUUAUGUGCUGAAAGUGUUACCUAAAUACCGUCGUUAAAUACAGAGUACGAGAUGCGUGAAGUCGUGCUUACUGCUGCCAGUUUGGCACUAACAGGCGCUGUUGUAGCAAAUGCUUACUAUCAAAAACAUCAGUUUUAUCCAUCUGUUGUGUAUCUGACUAAGUCUAGUCCGAGUAUGGCGGUUUUGUACCUUCAAGCAUUUGUGCUUGUGAUUUUGUUCGGUAAAAUGAUGAGGAAAGUGUUCUUUGGAACGCUACGAGCUGCAGAAAUGGAGCAUUUGAUUGAGAGAUCAUGGUACGCAGUUACAGAAACCUGCUUGGCAUUCACAGUUUUCCGAGAUGACUUCAGUCCUCGUUUUGUUGCACAAUUCACUCUUCUUUUGUUUCUGAAAUGUUUUCAUUGGUUGGCAGAAGACCGCAUUGAUUACAUGGAGAGAAGUCCACUGUUAACAUGGCUGUUCCAUGUUAGAGCAGUGCUUCUUCUGAUGUUUUUAGGCAUGGUGGAUGCAGUUCUGGUCCAUGUUGCUUACAAUACAACUAUGCAAAGUGGAGCAUCAGUACAACUCGUAUUUGGAUUUGAGUAUGCCAUUCUCUUGACAAUAGUAGUAACCAUUCAGAUGAAGUAUGUUCUACAUAUAAUAGACCUCCGAAGUGAAAAUCCUUGGGACAACAAAGCUGUUUAUCUUCUUUAUACUGAGUUAAUUACAGGUGCUAUCAAGACUGUGCUUUAUAGCUGUUUUAUGGUCAUCAUGAUCAAAGUACAUACAUUCCCACUAUUUGCAAUUAGACCCAUGUACCUAACAUUAAGAGGAUUCAAGAAAUGUAUCAGUGAUGUCAUCAUGUCUCGGCGAGCCAUAAGAAACAUGAACACACUUUAUCCAGAUGCCUCACCUGAGGAGCUCCAACAGGGUGAUAAUGUGUGCAUCAUAUGCCGUGAAGAAAUGACAACAGGCUGUAAAAAACUACCUUGCAAUCACAUAUUCCACACCAGCUGCUUACGAUCAUGGUUUCAACGACAACAAACAUGUCCGACAUGCAGAAUGGAUGUCCUUAGACCUCAACCUACACAACAGCCUCAGCAGCCACCACCACCGCAAGGUCCACAGCCUCCAUUUGGCUUUCCUCCUAUGGGGGUUCCUCCCACUAUGGGAAUCCCCCCUGCUCCAGGGGUACCACCCCAAGGUCCACCAAAUGCUGUUCCAGCCAUGUUUCCUGGUUGGCCACCCAUGGGUGUUCCUCCUAUGCCACCAGGACAACCACCACAGGAGCCUGCACCUGGUGCUGCUGCUGCAUCAGCUGCUGCUAGUACUUUACCUCCACAAGGUCCAAGUUCAACUCAGGAUGCCAGCCAAGCUCAGAUGCCAGGUUUUGGCAUGCCUCCACCAUUUAUGUUUCCACCACCCUUUAUGAUGCCGCCCUUUAUGUUUGGUGCUCUGAGCACUCCACCCAGUGUCGACUUUUCAUCUUUGAAUGUUGAGCAGUUAGUAGCAGUUGAGGGUCAAGAAAGACAGAAUGUGGAGGCCAGAAUCAACAUGUUACGAACUGUGCAUGCCCUACUGGAUGCAGCCAUAAUACAACUCAAUCAGUACACUCAGAUGGUAAACAUGCAGAGUCAACCACCCAUCAACCAGGCUCAGGCGUCAACUUCACCAGGACCCUCGGGAUCAGGGACCGUGGGAGCAGGUCCAUCGGGAUCAGGGACAACAGAAGCAGGUCCCUCGGGAUUAGGGACGGAAGGAACAGGGCCUUCGGGAUCAAUGACAGUCGGAGCCGGACCCUCGGGAUUUGGGACGGUACGGGAAGCGGCGACAACACAAACAAAGUUGACAGCCGGGGUAUCGCCAACUUCGCAACCAGGGCCUUCCACGGCGGCUGAUUCUUCAUCUUCGGAGGGGUCAGUCUCAAAACCUGUAGCUUCUGCAGAAAAGGACAAUUCACAAACAGAACCUGACUUAAGCGACGAGAACUCUGAAAUAAGGCGACGUAGAUUGGAGCGGUUUUCAAGCACCGUGAGUCAAGAAAGUGCUAAUAAGGACUAGAGGGACUGAGAAGGACUGAAUAUUCCCAAAAAUCCGGCAGGAACUGGCGGCGAUUAGUGUGGACCGAAAGCAACGUCAAUUGAGCGGUGUCUCUUAGUUUAAAACAUUAUUUAAAUUCUUAGUUCGCAGACAGUCCUAUGUAGCGAAUAUUCCGGCAAUUCUGCUAUGCUGGACAAUAUGGGUCACCAAGGGACAACUGUCUCAGUCCUUUCCACUGUUGAAAACCAAACCCGGACUCAAGAAAACAGGGGAAAUUGACCUAGAGAAAAGGAACAUGAUAAUCAUUUCUAUGCAGUGCUUUAAAAUAACAAGUAAUAGUAUAUUUUUCAUAUUCGUAGAAAUAUACUUAAAAAGUCAUUAUUGGUCAAGAGAUGAUGAGCAGAAUAGUCGGUUCCCGUGAUAAUCUUUUUUUAGAUUGCACAGUGGGAUCAAGUCCGAGGUGGGAUCCUUCGAACGAUCGCUUUUCGUCAAAAACCACCUCGUCAGGACUUGUUUCUUGCAUCUUUCCCAAACGUAACCUAAAUAUAGAACAUGUAGAGUUUGUCACGAGCGCAACUGGUAACACUUACGUGAUUGGUUGAUAGUCGCGAAUUCGUUAAGUUUUGAAACGAUUCGCUGAUUCUUUAGCCUGCGAGAGCAUCCGGUUAUUUCGGCUCUUGUUUUACGCGACGAUUUUCGGCGGAGACAAGCGACAGCUAGGAAAGGAGCCCAGAUCGGACUCCUGAGAGAAGCGGAAAUCGAGCCUAAGCGCUGCAGCCGGAAAUAUACCUGCGUUCACAGACUACUGAUUCAUAGGUAUGUCAGGAAAAUCGUAGACCGUUCACAGCCCUCUGUUUCUUCGUAUUUUCAUUCGAUCGUUGAACGUGCACUCUUCCUUUAGGCCCGCUUCGCUGGCGUCCCCGCCCCCACCCACUCUUUCUUCGCGCUCGCUUCACUGGCUUUUUCUUUCGCGUGCGUUGGAAAAUAGAGAGGCUGUGAACAGUUUGGGAAAAUCAGUUCCUUCUUAUCGUCUGUUGAUUUAAAAGUGUGAAUUUGAACGAACGAGGUGUCACCUUUGAACAUCAAAUCCUAAAUUGUAUAGAAGGAACAGAAAACAAGUUUGUUUACUUAGCCCGGUGUAAACUUUCAAUCAGGCUACGUUAGCAAGAAGUAUCGUUUCCUGUUUCUUUUGUAGAAUUUGGGUUUGAAUUUUAACGUGACUCCAUAACUGUUUACACAGCCUCGUUAAAAUAGUUUUAUCAGAGUGCGUCAGAACUGUCUAAAAUGGAGUUGCGAAAAAAGAAUCGUAAAGGGUUGUAUGUAGUAAAAACUAAAUUAAAUUGUAGGUUUUUCAUACAAGAA